AAUUUCAAUCGGCCUUUAGCUUUAAUGUAGGACAAUUUGUUUUCUUUUUGAGUAUCAGACUUGUUUAGUUUUACAUUGAAGAAAAUUUUGCUAUUUUCUAAACCCUCCCCUUUUAAAGGACUGAAGGGUUAAAAAUGGCUUUAGAAAUCAUAGGAAAGAAGACCGUGACGAAUCCAACGAACAAUGAGUUAUCGGAAGUUGCAAACAUUUUAAAAGAGCAUAAUACAACAUUUGUUGUCGUUGGCGUAAGAGAAGCUGAAAGUAGUUUUAAAAGCUUUGUGGAUGGGAAAUAUUUGGAUGGAGAGGUAUAUACAGCUCAUAGGAGACUCUAUAGAGAAAUUGGACUUAAAAGAUAUUCUCUUAAGGAAAUUGGUUGGUAUAUGUGUACAAUGUUCUGUAGAAAAGCGUCUCUUUCCAAAAUGGUGAAUAUUAUGAGAAAAAAUAUUUCCGGUGAUUUAAGAGGCGAUGGUCUUCGACUUGGUGGAACAUUCGUGGUCAAAGACGGCCAUUUAGCUUAUAGUCACGUAAUGGAAGCCCCUGACGAUCAUCCAGAUGUCGCUACAAUAUUGAAAGCCCUUGAAAUUCAAACUGCCACUAGCCAAAAAACAAUUACACAACAGCCGAAAGUUAUCUGUGAUGAAGAUGUUUGCAAACCGAUAUAUUAA